GGGCAAGACAGCGAGAUGAGCGUGCAGUUGAUUUGGUCUGAUUUCAUUGCCUCUCUGUUCCUGUAAAAGACUGGACUCAUCAGUUGCUCCAAAGCAUCACAGAAAGCUUCUGCUCCCCUCAGUGAAACCGAGAAUAAACCAACAUGAAGGACCUGCUUCGUGCUGCUGAGAUUCUUGGCUUGUUGCUGUUUAUUCCAACAAUACUAGUUCAAAUUUCUGAAGGAUCUGGGACUGCACCAAUAACCAAAACUUUAACCGAUAAUCCAAAAGAUAAUGGUACUACAGCUGUCCAAACUUUUUCUGGAGAAACAGUUUCUUCAGGGACAACCAUCAGCACCUCAUUGACGGCCACGGAUGCCCAAACCCAGACCACCACCACCCCCGCCUCUUCUGCCACCCCCACCACUACUACCACCACCACCAUUACUACCACCCCAUCACCUUUUGCGUUCAUGGAUCCCCAGAACAAGAAUUUUAAGUUUACGCUGAUAGUCUUCGCUCCACUGAUUUUAGUCCUCCUCAUCCUCCUUCUUUCUACCCUGGCGCUUGCCUGUAAGGUUUGCCAGCUGAAAAGACGCCUGAAGACCCUGAGCUGCAACAGCAGCCUCGACAGCAACUCUAAGUGCUGCUUGAAAAUGGAAAAUGGAAACAAAGCCGAGUCGCAGCCAGACGCUAAGGAAAGCUGCUUCUUACUGACAGAGACUGGGGAAACAAAUCAGGAGAAUGACAACAAGGCCACUGAGGAAGAUGGAGGGAAAGUUGGACAGGAAGAGAAAAAGGGAGAAGAGAAGGUGACUGGAGAUCCGCAGGAGGAACAGAAAGCUGUGACACCUGCAGCCCCUGUGGAAAGUUCACCUUCAAAGCCUGAGGAGGAAGCCAGCAGCUCGGAGGGAACCACAGCGGCUCCACCAGCUUCCUCUUCCGAGGACACGGCCGGACCACAGAAGGAGCCAUAGAAUCUGCACUUUGAGUUUUAAAUUUACCCAUCUCCUCAAUAUAACUUUUGCUUGUCCUUUUUUUUUUAGCUACUUCUCGAUUCCUUUAAAUCUAAUAGUGCAUAUAUGUGAUUUUUAACCCUGGACUAAACAAAAACAAUCCAUCUCUACCAUGCUUGUAUAUUUGUGCCUUUUCGAAAUUAAAAUUUGAAAAACUUG